ACCAAAACAGCAACGGGAAAUCUCCACCCACAGCGCCUCCUUUCCUGCUCCCCCAAACUUCUUAUUCCUUCUUCUCUUUCCUCCCCUCCUCCUCCCUCCCAAACCCGUCCACUCGUUCUUUCCCUUGUUACUGCUUCUUACCCUCCCCUUCACUGAGGAGCCCUUUUUCCAUCUUGUUUCCACUCGUUGUCCCUCUACCUUCUAAUUCCCCCUGAAUAAAAGAUUCGCAAUGUCUUUCGCCAAGUACCUCCUGCCCGCGCUGGCUGCCAGCCAGGUGGCUUUCGCCGCUAGCUGCGGUGACACCACCAUCGAAAACCAGUCCGAUGCCGAUGGUAUCGCUUCCUGCUCCAAGCUGAAUGGUGAUAUUACCAUCGCCAAGUCCUACUCCGGCUCCCUCUCCCUCGCCGGUGUUAAGACCAUCUCUGGUUCCAUCAUCUGCAACGGUGGUGAGAAUGUUACCGACAUCACUGCCGCCUCCCUGACUUCCGUUGGCGACGCCUUCAACCUGGAGGGUCUUACCCGCCUGACCCAGCUUGCUUUCGCCGAGCUGACCUCCGUCGGCUCCAUCAAGUGGAACGCUCUCCCCAAGCUCCAGUCCUUGAACUUCGACAAGGGUGUCACCGAGGCUGGUGACGUUAUCAUCCAGAACACCGGUCUGACCUCCCUGGACGGUAUCUCCCUGAAGACUGUCAACCAGUUCGAGAUUGAGAACAACCGUGAUCUCCAGAAGAUCAACAUCAACAACCUGCAGAACGCUACCGACCUGAUUAACUUCUCCGGUAACUUCGAUGCUCUCGAGAUUGAGCUCCCCAACCUCGGCACUGGCACCAACAUGACCUUCCGCAACAUCUCCAGCAUCUCCGUUCCCUCUCUGGAGAAGCUCACCGGUCAGCUCGGCUUCUGGGGUACUGAGUUCACCACUUUCUCUGCUCCCAACUUGACCUCCACCGGUGACCUGGUGUUCAACGACAACUCCAAGCUCUCCAACAUCUCCAUGCCCGUUCUGACCAAGGUUGACGGUGGAUUCACCAUUGCCCGUAACGACAAGCUGCAGACCAUUGAUCUGCCCAAGUUGGAGAAGGUUACUGGUGCCAUUGACUUCAGCGGCAAGUUCAACACUGUUGACCUUGACGGUCUGACCGAUGUCGAGGGUGGCUUCAACCUCCAGAGCACUGACGGUACCUUCAACUGCACCCACUUCCAGUCCAUCCGCAAGACUGUCAUCAAGGGUACCUACCACUGCGAUGCCAACACCACCAACCCCACCACCUCCAACGGCAAGUCCGGCACUUCCUCCGGCUCCAGCAGCACCUCCUCUGCCACCAGCUCCGGUGCCGCCGUUGCCAACGGUGCCAGCAUGGCCGUCACUGGUGUUGCCGCCUUCUUCUACGCCGUUGCUCAGCUCCUGUAAAGGGGUUGAUUAGUGUCUGUGGAGGGAAAGAAAGUGUGCUGUUUUUUUUGUUUUCUGUUGGAAAGAUUGUAGAUGCAGAGAGUCCCACCAAGCAACGGUUUCAUUUUUUCGUCUUACACUGCUGUUCUCAUGAUAAUAAUUCUGUCUUCUUUAUGAGGAAAUUUCCCAAAUCUGGAUUCUGUCCUCGGAAGACAUCCUCGACGCCGUCUCAUCGGAAAGGAGUUUCUCUUUUUUUUACCGCUUAUUUUAUUACCCACUCGCCCCGACGUGUCCUUAACUUGUCUCGAUAUGUGUUUUAUCCCCGAGCACGAUUGUGCUAAUGUAUUCGGUUUGUCAGUUUGUA